GGCAAAAGGUUGUCUCUGGGUCAGUCAUAGUCAGCCUUUCUUUUGAAUUUCAUUUCAAUUUCAUUUCAUUUCCUCUCUCUCUCUGCACCUGCAACAACUCGUUAGGGGUUUCAAGUUCGUUGGAGCCAUUGUUGUUUGUGCAGAUCCUUGAUCUGAAAAUGAGUGCGUCCAGGUUCAUAAAGUGCGUCACCGUCGGAGACGGCGCUGUCGGCAAAACCUGCUUGUUAAUUUCCUACACCAGCAACACUUUUCCCACGGACUACGUGCCUACCGUUUUUGACAAUUUCAGUGCUAAUGUUGUUGUGGAUGGAAGCACAGUAAACCUGGGAUUGUGGGAUACUGCUGGUCAGGAGGAUUAUAAUAGACUAAGACCCUUGAGCUAUCGAGGAGCUGAUGUUUUUAUACUUGCUUUUUCUCUCAUAAGCAAGGCUAGCUAUGAGAACAUUGCCAAGAAGUGGAUUCCUGAACUAAGGCACUACGCUCCCGGUGUUCCAAUAAUUCUCGUUGGAACGAAGUUAGAUCUUCGGGAAGAUAAGCAAUUUUUCAUGGACCACCCUGGUGCAGUGCCAAUAACUACAGCACAGGGAGAAGAAUUAAGAAAACUAAUUGGUGCUCCUGCCUACAUCGAGUGUAGUUCAAAAACGCAGCAGAAUGUGAAAGCCGUGUUUGACGCUGCCAUCAAAGUGGUUCUUCAACCACCAAAGCAAAAGAAAAAAAAGAGAAAAGCGCAGAAGUCUUGCUCAAUAUUGUGAUUAAGAAUCAGAGGCUUGCUGAACAUUGUGGUUAAGAAUCAGAAAUGAGUAGGUGGUAGUGACUAUUCGGCCAACCUCUGGUGCUGCCUCUCAUUGGUUUGUCUUGUUUUGAUCCCUAUCCUAUGUAGCUGAGAUCAGGAAGCUGUGUAUAGUUUGGACUGACUUCUUAGGCCUUUAUAAUCACAUGAUUACUGGCUUGUCUCGUUUCAUACUCUGUAAUUACAACUAGCUCAAUUACAUAACUCAGUGCCGACCUAUUUCCUUCUA